CAAACGGAGCCAGGCGCGGCGGCGGCUCCGCAGGCUCUGGCAGCUCCUGCGUUCGCAGUGCUCCCGGCGGCCGCAGUCGCGCACCGGGUCGGCCUGGAGAAGCGGAGGUCAUGGCUUCCUGAGGCCAAGGCUCCAGUGGAGGAAAUGAUUGUUCAGGGAUGUAGCUCCAGGUUGAUUACAGAAACUGACCCUUCGUAGGGCGUGAGCUUACUGAGGACAGGAAAGUUUUUCACUUCGAAGGGCCUUAAAUUUCUUAAGAAAGAAAACAAAAAUGACGACUUCGUCCAUCAGACGUCAGAUGAAGAACAUUGUAAACAAUUACUCAGAGGCUGAAAUAAAAGUCCGGGAAGCCACCUCCAAUGACCCGUGGGGCCCGUCCAGCUCCCUGAUGACAGAGAUCGCGGAUCUGACCUACAAUGUGGUGGCCUUCUCAGAGAUCAUGAGCAUGGUGUGGAAGCGACUCAAUGACCAUGGCAAGAACUGGAGGCAUGUGUACAAGGCGCUCACGCUGCUGGACUACCUCAUCAAGACAGGCUCCGAGCGAGUGGCCCAGCAGUGCCGUGAGAACAUCUUUGCCAUCCAGACCCUGAAGGACUUCCAGUACAUUGACCGUGACGGCAAGGACCAGGGCAUCAACGUGCGCGAGAAGUCCAAGCAGCUGGUGGCCCUUCUCAAGGAUGAGGAGCGCCUGAAGGCCGAGAGGGCCCAGGCUCUCAAAACCAAAGAGCGCAUGGCCCAGGUUGCCACAGGCAUGGGCAGCAACCAGAUCACCUUCGGCCGUGGCUCCAGCCAACCCAACCUCUCCACCAGCUACUCGGAGCAGGAGUAUGGCAAGGCUGGGGGCUCGCCGGCUUCCUACCAUGGCUCGCCAGAGGCCUCGCUGUGCCCACAGCACCAUGCAGGUGCCCCGCUGGGUCAGAGUGAGGAGCUGCAGCCGCUGAACCAGCGCCAUCCCUUCCUGCCGCACCUGGGGCUGGCUGCCCACCCAAAUGGGGACUGGUCCCAGCCCUGCCUCACUUGUGACCGAGCAGCCCGAGCUUCCACUUCCCCACGGGUGUCCUCUGAGCUGGAGCAAGCUCGGCCCCAGACCAGUGGAGAAGAGGAGCUGCAGCUGCAGCUGGCGCUGGCCAUGAGCAGAGAAGUGGCCGAGCAGGAAGAACGCCUCAGGCGGGGGGAUGACCUCAGAUUACAGAUGGCCCUUGAAGAAAGCCGAAGAGACACAGUUAAAGUUCCAAAAAAGAAAGAGCAUGGUUCCCACCCACAGCACACCGCUCUGUUGGAUUUAAUGGACGCUCUCCCCAACUCAGGCCCUGUGGCACAGAAAGCAGAGCCCUGGGGCCCAGCACCCACAGCCAGCCAGACCAACCCCUGGGGCGGGCCAGUGGCCCCAGCAAGCACCUCGGACCCCUGGCCAUCGUUUGGUGCCAAGUCAGCAGCAUCUGUCGAUCCAUGGGGAUUGCCUACCGGAACCAGCACGCACCCCGUCCCCAAGGGCUCAGACCCCUGGGCUGCUCCGCAGCAUGCGGCCCCGAGUGCUGGUGUGAGAACCUCUGAUGCCUGGGGUGCAGCCUCGGCCACCAAGCCCAUGUCUGCUUCUGGGUCUUUUGAUCUCUUCAGUAAUCUGAAUGGUACAAUUAAAGAUGACUUUUCUGAAUUUGACAACCUCCGAACUUCAAAAAAAACAGCGGAAUCUGUGGCCUCUCUGCCAUCCCAAACCAACGAAACCACAAGCCCUGACCCCUUCGACUCUCAGCCCCUAACGGUUGCUUCCAGCAAGCCCAGCGGUGCCCGGAAAACUCCUGAGUCCUUCCUGGGCCCCAACGCGGCCCUGGUGAACCUGGACUCGCUGGUGACCAAACCCGCCCCGCCGGCGCAAUCCCUCAACCCCUUCCUGGCACCAGGUCCAGCUGCGGCCUCGGCCCCUGUUAACCCCUUCCAAGUGAACCAGCCCCAGCCACUGACUCUGAACCAGCUGCGGGGGAGCCCGGUCCCAGGGGCCAGCACAUCCUUUGGGCCCAGCCCGGCUGUGGAGCCCCUGGCGAUGACCUCCAUGGCCCCUGCGGCUCCACACCCAGCUCUGGGCGGCAGUAGCUCCUUGACACCACUGGGCCCUGCAGCAGUGAACGUGGUGGGCAGUGUGGGCAUCUCCCCAUCGGCAGCUCCAACCUCUGGCACGACAAACCCUUUCCUCCUCUAGUGCCCAGGCCCGGGACUGCCUGGAGUGGUGCCCAGAGCGUCUGUGCCCAAGGGGGCGGACCAGGACCUGUGUGGACUGUGUCCAAGAGCUCUGGGAGGUUAGGGCAGCCCAGCUCCAGUUGCUUGAGAAGAGCUGUCCUUGCACCCAGUCCCCCUGGACCUGCAAUCGUUGGAGAAAGCCUGCCAGGCCUCAGCGGCCCUGCAGACCACAGCCUGCCUGGUGGGGAGUGGACCCACCUGACCCAGCUCUCGCUGCCUUCUCCUGAGCGCCUGCCCUGGCACCACGAGGGAUCUACUGGGCUCCCUGAGGCCCUUUGAGGAGGAAGGAAGUUGGCAGUGUUGCUGAGUGACUCUUGGACCUUGCCCGGCCCAGGACUGGGCUGCGGCCUUGUCUCUGCCCAGGCAGGCUGGGUGUGGGUGGGAGGGAUCUCGCGCCUGGCCAUAGAGGUGGGCUCUUUGGGAGUGGUCGUGCAUAUUUUACUUUCUUUGACUCGCGUGUGAGUUCAAAGUAAGCACAGUCACUGGGGGACAACUCUUGAAUUAAUCCACUAGAGCAAGCUUUAAACUAAUCUGAGCAUAACCCUGCCCUGUGGCUAUAUGCUGGUAUACGUUUGCACAGAUUUUGUUUAGUACAGUUUCAUAUUUGAGUUUGCAGAAUUAUCUAAUAGUCUUUUUUUGGCUAAUAUUUUUAUAAUGUGGUUCUUAUUUAACUGUCUAGUUUUGAUAGAAUUUACCAGGUCUGGCUGAAUUAAGAUAUUGGCACAUGUCAUUUUAGUGGUUUAAAUCCUCUUAUUUAUGGUUUUAACUCUGUAAGAAAAUUUAAAAAGGAGACAUUUGGAUGACAAAAAAAAAAAAAAAAAAAACCUUAUGGAAAAA